AUGAUGCUGAAGCUCCAAUGGUAUAACCCCACGAUUAAAUAUCAACCUGGCAAGCAGAUGGAGCUUGCAGACACUCUAUCGCGCUCUACACUAGCUGACUAUACAAGUGAAGUUGAGACUACGCCUGUGUCCAUGCUCGAUUUCCUAGCCAUUUCAAGCGAGAAGCUUAUCCAGCUCCAAAACUGUACGAAGGAAGAGCUCAGCAACCUCAUAGAGACUAUCAACUCAGGAUGGCCUGACACUCGUGCACAGCUUCCGAUAUCUCUCCGACCCUACUGGGAUGUGCGUAGUGAAAUCGCGGUGUCAGACGGACUAAUAUUUCGUGGCAUGCGAGUUGUAGUACCACCGUCACUCUGUCCGCGCAUGCUACAGCUAGUCCACGAGUCGCAUUUGGGCAUUGUAAAAUGCAAACAACGCGCACGCGAAGUCCUGUAUUGGCCUUGUAUGAAUGCUGACAUUGAGGAAACCGUGAAAAACUGUGCUCGAUGCGCAGAGUUCCAGAACAAACCAGCACCACAGCCACUCAUGCCAACUAAACCACCAGAACACCCCUACCAGGAAGUUGGCACAGAUCUGCUGUAUUACAACGGCAAACACUACAUACUGACAGUAGACUUCCAUUCAAAGUUUUUCGAGGUAGAUGAACUAUUAGAUGAGAGUAGCACAACUGCUAUUUGUGCACUCAAACGACAAUUUGCUCGAUAUGGCAUACCGCAGAUCCUGAGAGGUGACAACGGACCGUAA